CAAAACAAAAUUUAAGUCCCUUGUGCCCUCAGACUCACAGUGAUCUCUCCAAUAAGAACCAUGAUCAAGCAGUUCUGGGUCUCCGGUCUCUUCCCGCUGUUCCUGGCGGGCUUAGCUCAGUCCACCCUGGAGCCGGAGCAGCAAAAGAUGAAGGUGGAUUGCUAUAAGGAGGUGACAGGAACCAUCUUCGAGUAUGGAGCCCUCACCCUCAAUGGUGAGGAGUACAUCAAGUUUGAUCAAUAUGCAGGCAAACAUGUCCUCUUUAUCAACGUGGCCACCUACUGAGGUCUGACAGCUCAGUAUAUUGAACUGAAUGCACUACAAGAGGAGCUGAAGCCUUUUAAUGUUGUUUUGUUGGGCUUUCCCUGCAACCAAUUUGGAAAACAAGAACCAGGAAAGAACUCAGAGAUCCUUUCUGGGCUCAAGUAUGUGCGUCCAGGUGGUGGCUUUGUCCCCAAUUUUCAACUCUUUGAGAAAGGGGAUGUGAAUGGAGAAAAUGAGCAAAAGAUUUUUACUUUCUUGAAGAACUCCUGUCCUCCAACUUCUGACAUUUUGGGCUCAUCAAAAAACCUCUUUUGGGAUCCCAUGAAGGUCCAUGAUAUUCGCUGGAACUUUGAGAAAUUCCUGGUGGGACCUAAUGGAGUCCCUGUCAUGCGCUGGUUCCAUCGUGCUCCUGUCAGCACAGUCAAGUCGGACAUCCUAGAGUACCUGAAGCAGUUUAACUGAAAGGCCAGAGGUUGUCUGAAGUAGUUACCCUGACUCCUACAUGAAGAACAUGUUUAACAGAAAUACCUCUCUUCAUUCCACCUUCCUUCCUACUUAGCCUCCAUCUGACUGCACCACACAUACUAUGCCAAAGUGUGUGUUUCUGCUAUGUAUGUUGUGUAGUUUGAAGGUUAAUGGAAAGAACUCCCCCCCCCAGCUCUGUGAUGCCUCAAAUUAUCAAGUUAUUUAAUCUUUAUUCCAAAGGAAAAAUCCCAUGUCAGGGUUUAGAUUACUCCAUACCCCUAGAAAGGCAAUCUCAGAAAUUCCUGACAUCUAUCCUUUUUUCAUCAGAAAGGUUUAAAGAAGAUAACAACUGGCAACAGGGUUCUCAAAAUCCCCUUUACAACCUCUUUUCUCCUCCAUACUGGCAAGCAUUGUUUAAUUUUCCCUCUCCCUUAUUAGUCCUUUCCCUAACACACUGCACUUACCUCAAGUUUCCUCAUAGGAUCUCUAAAAACAGUGAGAACAGAAACCUCAUUUCAUAUGAAAGGAGGGGGCAUCUCCAUGAUGGUGGGUCUCAAAGCCCCUCUGGGUCGGACCCUACCAGAGCCUUCCUUGGUGUCUGUCCUUUAGUGCAUUCAGGUCAUGGCACCUGGGCAGGGAUGUCCUUUCAUUCUAAGUGAUGAGAUUUCAUCUCUUCACCCUGACUUUUCUCAAUUUUGAUUCAUUCUUGUCUUUCUUCCCCCAACCCCCAGCACUAAUCCCUUCUGGCUUAUGAUGAUGCCAGGCAUCUAAGCCAGGACCUCAGUGCUUCAAUCAUGGAAGUGGUUUUGCAUAAUCAUUAAGAUAUCUCUCUAACUUUUUAAAGAGCUCAUUCUUAUCAAUGUCUCAAAUAAAAAAGAACCUUGCAGCA